AUGCUUACUUAUCUCAUUGCAAGAUUUUCUUCGCUCUCCUGCGAGAGGACGACCCAACUUGUUUUCCUCUAUCACAAUGCUUCCCACAUUUUCAAAUCCUUUUCUUCAGUGUCGAAAGUGUCUGAAUCAAAUCAACGAAAAGGAAAAUCAAGAGAAGAGGAAUCAUAUACUGUUUCUUAUCUCACAGACUCAUUGGGCAUGUCCUCCCAAUUCGCGAUGAAAGUAUCCAAACGGGUUAAGCUAGCAGGGCAGGAUAAACCUGACUCAGUACAAAAUCUUUUUAGGAGUUACGGAUUCUCAGAUUCCCAGAUAUCUAAACUUGUGGAAAAGAUUCCACGAGUCCUUUUUGCAAAGCCUGAGAAGACCCUUUCGCCCAAGCUAAGGUAUUUACAGUCUAUAGGGUUUUCAAGAUCCGAACUGCCAGAACUCUUCAUACAUAACCCUAGAAUCUUAACUAUGAGCUUGAAGAAAACUAUCAUUCCCCGUUAUGAGGCCCUUAAGAGCAUAGUUGAUGACGAUAAAGCACGUAGAGCAUUUAAACGCUGGGGUAGGUACCAUAAGGAUUCAACGAUUUUAGUUUCAAACUUGAAGGUCUUGAGACAACAUGGAGUGCCUCAAUCUUCUGUCUCUCGAAUAGUUGCUCAUUCUGUAGGGGCAGCACUUACAAAGCCGACCAAGUUUAUUGAACAUGUAAAGUUUGCAAAGGAAAUAGGCAUCGAUCCUUCCAAGUCUGCGUUCAUCCAGGCAGUUUCUGUGUUAGCAACGACAAACAAAUUGACUUGGGAGUCGAAGCUGGAUAUCUAUGAGAGGUGUGGCUGGUCCAGGGAUGUCACUCUUUCAGCAUUCAGGAAGUUUCCAAAUUGUAUGAUGCUGUCGGAGGAUAAAAUCACAAGCACAAUGAAGUUUCUUGUGGAUGACAUGGGUUUGUCAUUGGUAGAUAUUGUUAAUUGCCCUGUAUUUCUUGGCUACAGCUUGGAGCAAAGGAUUAUUCCUAGAUGCUCAGUUUUUAAAAUUUUGAAAAAUAAUGGUUUGAUAAAAAGUGACAUGUCCUUGUGUUCCUUGAUAACAUUAAGUGAAACAAAAUUUCUGGAAAAAUUUGUGAUCCCGUUUCAGGAAAGUGUUCCUAAGCUAUUGGAGAUUUAUGGAAGUCGUUCUUGA